UCUAGUUUGUUUCAUCCGCCGGCAAGAUACAAUAUGAUGAAAUUCACUGCAUUACUGUCAUGUGUUACUUUUGUAAGUCUUGGACUUGCAUUUCCUGGAGAUUUGAAUGAAGGCAUGGGAUACUGGAAUGGAAAUGAGAAGGGAGAUUUCUAUAGUCAGCAGUACCGAAACAACUAUCCGUACAAUGAAUAUUUCAAUGGAUGUGGCAGAAGGGAGUCAGAGUUUGGACGCGACAUCUGGCAUUUUCUGCACACACUUGCUGCGAAUUUUCCAGACAAUCCGAGUCCUCAACAACAGGCUAACAUGAUGGACAUGAUGCGGAUAUUCGCAGAAUUUUAUCCACACCCAAAUUAUUAUUACAGGAGAAGCAUGAUGGACAACCAAGCGGAUACGACUAACAGGGAGAGUUUUUCUCACUGGAUGUGUAUGAUACAUAACAACGUAAAUCAGCAGAUGGGCAAACCCGAGUUUGACUGUAGUACAGUGCUUGAUGUAUGGACAAACGAGUGCUAUCAGAACUCAGGAGAGGGCUGUGAUCCCGCUAGAAGUGACUUCGGUCGUGCCACAUGGAAUUAUAUGCAUACGUACGCCUUCACAUACCCUGAUAGCCCGUCUCCAAGGCAACAAGAAGACAUGAAAAGAUUAAUGUACUACAUGGCAGAAUUUUACCCAUCUCCGAAUUAUUACUUUAUAGCAAGUGUGUUCAACGACGAGCCCGACACCACAAAUCGUGAGAGUUUCAUGAACUGGAUGUGCAGGACACAUAACUAUGUGAACGCUUGGCGCGGAAAACCCGAAUUUGAUUGCAACGAAGUUUGGGAUCAAUGGCGAUACAACGGUUGUGAAGACUGAAUAUUUUACAUUUGUCUGACUUUAUUAUGGACAACAGCUUAAAAUAAAUCAUAACUCCAGCUUUAAUUGUAUUGUUCUAUAUUUUUUUUUCUGCUUGUUGUAAAGCUUACUAUAACAGAAUAUUUUGUCAUGCUUUCUUUUUUGUGUCGGCUACUUUAUGCUUACCUUCUAAAGUUUGUACAAACACAGGCGGA